UGUAACUGUAUUUGUUACAGUAAAGUCAAUUGAAUUGAAUUGAAUUGAACUAUUUUGUGUUCCAGGAAUGUGCAAUUUGAACUAACUGUGGACGUCAUCCACCGUGCCGGUGACCCUUCGCCGAGCACCAUGAGGAAGCACCAUCACCGCUCGACCGGUCAUUACCUCCUGGAGGACAUCCGAUGAACCCGCACCCCCCGUUUGCACCCCUUAGACAUGUGUAGAUUUUCGUACGAGAGAUGCAUUUGUUUUGUGUUCCUGGUGAUCUUAGCCGUUUUGAGUUGUGCCGGCGUCCGCGUAGAUGACCUGAUGACCAUGCCGCAAGUUGACAUGCAACGGACGAGCCCCGCGGAUGAGGUCAUGGUGUCCCAGCACCGUCUCAGGCAUCAUAGGCACCCCCGUCGCGCCUUUGUGCCACAGCCGGCCCCUGCUCCUAGGUGGCUGCCCCUACAGGAGGACGACAUCUCCGUGCGCGCGUACCGCUCCCAAGUCGUCCUCUUAGCCUAUGCCGAAGGCAGCAGCCACUCGUGUCAGUUCGUGUUCCGAGUGCUGAAAGUUUACAAGAACGCCAAAUCGUUCCCGAUCGUGGAUCGUAUCAUGGUGAGACUGGACUGUGAGGAAGCCGUCCGUGGAUAUAGGAAAAAGCUAGUCAGAAACAAAAUUCAUUUGAGGAGGAAGUAUGUGCUGUUCUUGAACGCGAGCGGCAGCAGUAGUUUUCAACCGGCGGGAACGCCCAAGCUGGUCAGAGCCAACAAAGAGGCCAAGACGGAUAGGAUCAUUAGGCAUGCUUGUAUGUCAAAACUGGUCCCCUCAAAACCGUCUGCUUCAUUGAACGUAUCAACUUUUCCUGCCACUUGUCCUAUGACAGUCGACACAGUGACCACAUCUUCUCCAACUUUGGCUAUUGCAUCGACUGACGGUGCAUUAUGUCAACAAUCUCACGUUGCUGGCGAGUUGACCAGCACAGCACCCCGCCAGGGUCGAAUCUCCCCCAUUGUUUUGCGUGAUGCGGCCAAGUGGCGAAAUCUAAACUACUCCUUUAUAAGCUUAGGCAUUAAUAUAGAUAAGAACACGCAGUUACCGUUGAUGCAAGAAUCAGGGUUUUUGCCGAAAACUGGGGAUGACUACCACAGGAUCGUUCGCCUGUUCAGGGAGGAGGACGUGCCCCAUCAUGCGUUCCCUCUUCCUUCAGAACGAAAUAUUCACGCGGUAGUCAGAGGUAUACCCGCAAUGUUUUCGGAACAGGAGAUCAAAGGGGAAUUAGAACAGAGGGAAUAUACUCCUCUCCACAUUAUCCGACUCAAACUCAGUGGCGGCGCACCCUUUGGUGGUCGUAGUACUGUCCAAGAUCGAAAAGUCCCAGCAGCUGUUCAAUGA